CGGGCUGCUAACACUGGCACUUAAUGGAAUCACGGACGUCUCACAUAGGAGGCAAGUUUGGGCUCCCGGGAUGAAGAGAGAAAGUAAAGACGCUGUUUUUCCCGUCUCCCUCCUCCUCUGCGCCUUCUCGCAGGUGGUUUGCCAGCUCUGUGAGGGACCCUGCCAGUGCCCUUGGUCCUCCCCCACCUGCCCAGUUGGUGUCUCCCUGGUCCUGGAUGGGUGUGGGUGCUGUCAGAUGUGCGCGAGACAAGAGGGCAAGCCCUGCUCCGAAAAAUACGUCUGUGACAGUCAACAUGGUCUGCAGUGUGACUACAGCGCCAGCUUUCCGGGGGGGCCGGGAGAGUGUGUCAGACAAAACCUGCUUGGCUGUGAGCUUGACGGUGUGCGGUACGAGGAGGGCCAGUCCUUCCAGCCCACCUGCAUGCAGCUGUGCCACUGUGUGGGUGGUGGCAUCACAUGUGUCCCGCUCUGCAACGAAGAUCUGAACUUGCCCAUUGCCAACUGCCCAAACCCCAGGCUCGUCCAGCUGCCAGGCCAGUGCUGCAGGGAGUGGGUCUGUGAUAGCCAGGAGAACAGCGCCCUCCUGGAAAACACUGCCGCUGUCCGAGUGGCGAGGUCGUGGCAGGACAUGUCUGCGUCCAGCGGGAUCCCAUGGUCUAACUGCAUCGAGCAGACAACAGAGUGGAGCGCAUGCUCACGCAGCUGCGGACCAGGUGUCUCCACCCGCAUGUCAAACAGGAACUGGGCCUGCCGCCCACAAACACAGACACGUCUGUGCCAGGUCAGGCCCUGCUACCCGGCCCCUUCAGCGCCGACCAGCAGAGUCCAGCUGUGUUUAUUUGAGGCCCUGCAUUCCAGGGAACGGGUGUGUGCGAGAGCAGCUACCGGUCUCCCCUUCUUGUUCGGCUUGAGCACCAAGGCUGCCACAGCGUGCGCUCCUACAGGCCCCUGUUCUGCGGCACAUGCACUGACAACCGCUGCUGUACCCCUCACCGGACCAGAACCAUCCGGAUGGCCUUCCACUGCCCUCAGGGAGGCAUCACUCAGCACAGGGUCAUGGUCAUCGAGUCAUGUGCCUGUCAUUCCCACUGUCCUGAUCUGCCACUGACCAGCUCCAGAAGAACCAGAUCUUGGCUCUAGACAACAGUUGGUUCAGAUAACAGUAACGUCAUCAUUCCUGAGAUAGUGGUGCAAAAUAUCCAUUUGUUAUACAUUAUUUAACCCCUUAAAGACCCUGUUAGUGGGCCUCAACAUAACUUACAUAUUAGCCUCAUAUGUUUGACAUGAACAUGUUUUGGCCAUUUUAGAUUAAACAUGGAAGCUCAUAAAAGACCUUCCAUAUGUUUUAUUUAAGCUUGUGAUAUAUAUUAACAUGUAUUUGAGCUUGUAUAUAUCAGUUAUACAGUAAAGCGUCCUUCCAUAGA